AUGGUGGAGGUACAGUCAUGGACAACACGCAGGGGAAGCAACCCCAGACUGGAGUCCAACGAGCAACUUCUGGACAUUCCAUCAACACCCACCGCCGAUGUUCGGAACGGCAACAACACAUCAAUUUUCUCUCCGACCAUUGUAACAGCAGCCAUUAUUGCUUCAUGGUAUUUCUCAAACAUUGGUGUUCUGUUACUCAACAAGUACCUCCUCAGCUUCUACGGCUAUCGUUAUCCAAUCUUCCUCACAAUGCUCCACAUGAUCUCUUGCUCCAUCUACAGCCUCAUCGCCAUUAAAUGGCUCGAAAUCGUUCCGUUUCAACAGAUCUCUAGCCGCAAACAGUUGUUUAAAAUUCUUGCUUUAAGCGCCAUUUUUUGCUUUUCAGUUGUUUGUGGAAAUACCUCUUUGAGAUAUCUUCCUGUAUCGUUUAAUCAGGCGAUUGGUGCUACAACCCCAUUUUUCACUGCCAUUUUCGCAUUUGUAAUCACUUGUAAGAAGGAAACUGGAGAGGUUUACCUCGCACUUCUUCCAGUAGUUCUGGGUAUUGUUUUGGCGAGUAAUUCUGAGCCAUUGUUUCAUCUUUUUGGAUUUCUGGUGUGUAUUGGCUCCACCGCCGGCCGAGCAUUGAAAUCCGUUGUUCAGGGUUUGUUAUUAACUUCCGAAGCUGAGAAGUUACAUUCUAUGAAUCUAUUACUGUACAUGGCUCCGAUGGCGGCGAUGAUAUUGUUACCAUUUACCUUAUAUAUAGAAGGGAAUGUGACGGGGAUUACCGUGGAAAAAGCUAGAGGGGAUGGUUUCAUGGUGUUCUUGUUAGUUGCUAAUGCAACUGCGGCGUAUUUGGUUAACUUGACUAACUUCUUGGUGACGAAGCACACGAGUGCUCUGACGCUGCAAGUCCUGGGGAAUGCCAAAGCGGCUGUUGCGGCGGUGGUGUCCGUUUUGAUAUUUAGGAAUCCGGUGACGGUGAUGGGGAUGACGGGGUUCGCCGUCACCGUGAUGGGUGUGGUGCUUUACAGUGAGGCUAAGAAGAGGUCUAAAGGUACAGCUCAUUGA